AAACCGCAUGCGCACAAGCCUUUGUCUUCCUUCUUCCUGCAGCUAUUGCCACGUUAGUUACGGCAGACCCAAAACAGAGACAACAAUAACAUAUCCAACAAAAAAUACAUAUAUAUUUGUAUACUAGAGAAUUCCACUGAAAGUCGUCGCCGUUUGAACAAGUGCACCGCCAAGAUGUUCAAAUUAUUGCUGUUUUGUGUGUUUGCCGUGGCCAUCAGAGCUGAGAUUGCCGAAGAAGAUGAUGUCCUGGUACUGAAAAAAAGCAACUUUGAAGAAGCUCUGAAAGCUCACCCCAACAUCCUGGUAGAGUUCUAUGCCCCGUGGUGUGGGCACUGCAAGGCUCUGGCCCCAGAGUAUGCCAAGGCUGCAGGACAACUGAAGGCAGAGGGCUCUGAACUCAGGCUGGGCAAAGUCGAUGCCACUGAGGAGAGCGAUCUGGCUCAGGAGUUCAAAGUUCAGGGAUAUCCCACCAUCAAGUUCUUUAAGAAUGGAGAUAAGUCUGCCCCUAAAGAAUACUCUGCUGGCAGGCAAGCCGAUGAUUUCAUUAACUGGCUGAAGAAGCGCACAGGUCCAGCAGCCACCACCCUCACCGAGGCCAGUGCGGCCGAGCAGCUUAUUGAGGGCAGUGAGGUCGUUGUCAUCGGCUUUUUCAAGGAUGUUGAGUCCACCGAUGCCCAGGCCUUUGUAAAUGCAGCAGAGUCCAUAGAUGACGUCCCCUUUGCAAUCACCUCUUCUGACGACGUCUUCUCCAAGUAUGAGGUGACCAAGGACAGCGUCGUCCUCUUCAAGAAGUUUGAUGAAGGCCGCAACACGUUUGACGGAGAGGCCACCAAGGAAAACCUGCUUACCUUCGUCAAGGCCAACCAGCUGCCCCUUGUCAUUGAAUUCACUGAACAGACUGCCCCCAAAAUUUUUGGUGGAGAAAUAAAAUCCCACAUCCUCAUGUUUCUGCCCAAGAGCUCCUCAGACUUCCAGGACAAAUUGGACCAAUUUAAGAAAGCUUCUGAGAGCUUCAAGGGCAAGAUCCUGUUCAUCUUUAUUGACAGUGAAUCAGAGGAUAACCAGAGGAUCCUGGAGUUCUUUGGCCUGAAGAAGGAAGAGUGCCCAGCCGUGAGACUCAUCACCCUGGAAGAUGAGAUGACCAAGUACAAGCCAGAGAAUGAGGAGAUCACCACUGACAACAUCAAGGCCUUCUGUACCAAGUUCACUGAGGGAAAACUCAAGCCCCAUCUGAUGAGCCAGGACAUUCCAGAAGAUUGGGACAAGAACCCAGUCAAGGUUCUGGUUGGCAAGAAUUUUGAGGAGGUUGCCUUUGAUGCCAAAAAGAAUGUAUUUGUUGAGUUUUAUGCUCCCUGGUGUGGCCACUGCAAGCAGCUCACUCCUAUCUGGGACAAACUGGGAGAGCAAUUUAAGGAAGCUGAGGACAUUGUCGUUGCCAAGAUGGACUCCACUGCCAACGAGAUUGAAACAGUGAAGGUCCACAGCUUCCCCACUCUCAAAUUCUUCCCUGCUGGAGAUGACAGAAAGGUCGUUGAUUACAAUGGCGAGAGAACGCUAGAAGCUUUUGCAAAAUUCCUGGAGAGCGGUGGAAAAGAAGGGGCUGGCACGGCGGAGGAUCAGGAUUUGGAAGAUGUAGAUGAUGAAUCUUCAGAGGGAGAGGAGGAUGACCAUGACGAUGUGGACCAUGACGAGUUGUAAACCGGAACACCGACACAUCGCAAAAAACACUAAACUUCGGUUUUUGUAUAAAUGCGAAAGAUUAUUGCAGCAAAAGAUUGACGGCAAAUAAAAAAACAAAAAACAAAAUCAACUACCUUUAAUCCAGGGAUUCAUCAGUCACUCAUUCAGCAGUGUUUUGUAUUUAUAUAAAAUUCUGGAUUUUAUUUGUAUCCGGGGGGGGGGGGGGGGGGGGGUGUGGUUUAUUUUUCUCAGCGUGGUUCAUUUGUACUUUGUGUACCGAUUUUAAUCUUGUUUGUUAACAAUGUUUGCUUUUUUUUCUGCUUUAACGUUUUUUUUCCCCCCAGCUUUAACACCCACUUGUGCUCCUGUGCCUAAUAAAGGGCAGUAUAAAUGUGAUGGUCAUUGGGUGCAAUAACCUGUAGACUGUAACCUGAGGUCUGUAUGGCUUGUCUGUGCUGUAAAAUGUACACUAACACACGCUGUAACAAUGCAAGUCUUUUUUAAACGUUACAGUAAUUCUCCUUGUGUGUAGCAUGUUGACAUCAAUAGAUAUGUCAAUUUAAACAAUCUUUCCAUAUUUUUGUGCACCAUUUAGAGUCUACAGGUUCGUGCCAACCUGAGAUCAAAGGCAUUACACUGUUCAUCCUGAUGCACUGUAUUUUCAUCUAAGUGUUAAGGGUAGGCAAAGUCUGGGUAGUUUACUUGGCUACUGAUUCAAACUUGUGCUACCCUUUUGUUUUAUUUUUUCUUGAAUAGCAACUUUGUUCUACCUAUUCACUGUUCCAGGUAGUUGAGCCAGUAAGUUGAUAUUAAAACCAAUUGCCACUGUAGCAGUUCUCUUAAAGAGUUAAUCGGAAAUAAAGAGCUAACCUUUUCUAUGAGGACACUCCAUAAUGAAUGAUCCAAGUACCAGUCUCUUGAAAAUGAAGUUCUCUGGCUAUUCCCUGACUUGCAUAAGGUGUGUUUCAGAGUUUUGAAAAUUGCCUGUGCAUUUCAAGAAAAUGACCAUUACACCAAAAUAACUUAAUAAGAGAAUUGCAUGGCUAAGUGGUGUUUCAAUCUCUAGAAAAAAAUCAUGAAGUUGUUUGUCAUUCUCCCUGCCCCUGCCCCCACUCCCCGAUGUGUUCUGUUUGCAACUCUAUCAGAAAACCCAUAUUAGCGUUUCCCUGUUUUAGCUGUCUGGACCUUAUUUCUCAGGGUGGGAUUUUUGCACACAAUGUAAUACAGUAAAGAAUAUUUUUUGGUCUCUGGGGAGUGGGGUAGAGGUGUUUAAAAUGGCAGACUGCAUUUGUUAAAGCAUUCCCUCGCACUGAAUUUGACAGUGAAAAAACUGGUGGCCAAUAAAAAUGAUAAAACUAAAAA